AAGAAGAGGAGUCAUUCAAUCCUGGCAGUUUGUCAGCAAUGAAAUCUUGGUGUCAAGUCCCCGUCCUGAAUGGCCAGCAGUGCUGCACAACCUCUGUUUUUUCCACUGUGCUAGUCGAUUGAGAUCAAUGUAUGGCAUUUCAGCAGGCUGGAAUUGUCCAGACACUAUGCGUUUUGGCUGUACAGAAUUGAUGGAGGGCAUCAAAGUGCUUAAAGAUGAAUUUAAAGACAGUGAUCGUGAAGGUGGAGGAAAGGCUUUAUCCUGGACAGCCAUGAGAUACUUGCUAUCAGAGAUUAUCUAUGGCUGCAAUGUCUCUGAUGAUUUCGAUAUGACAGUCUUGUCAUCAAUGAUUGAUUAUUGGAUUACCAUUAACUCUACAAAGCGGGACAAUGAACUCACUAAAUUAAAGUUGAAGAUUCCAGCAGCUUUCUUUAACUCUGACAUAAAUCCUGUCUCACUGAAACAAGCACUGGAAUCCAUCCCUCAGUAUUCCUUGGAUGCUCCAGAAUCAUUUCACAUGCACUCAUCACCAGUGGUUCUUUUUGGUGAACAAAUCUAUGUUAUCUCAAGGUUUAGUCAACUUUGUGGUCCUGGGUUUACAUACAGGCAUUGGGUACAACCUGCAAAAACUCCACCAACAUCUCAAAAAGCUGUGAAACAUGUUUCUGUACAAAGCCCUCAUGCCCUCUCUGCCUCUCCCAUAACUGACUCUUUGGCCAAUCCACCUAUUAUGUACCUACAAACAGCCAAGCUAACGGAGGUCCAUGACACAUGUGCUUCUCUUCUCUCCAAAGUGCCACGUGGAUGGAGUCGGGAUUUCAUCAAUGAUCGUUUGAAAAAGCUUGGUGGAGAUACCCCAUUUAACCUGUUUUUGAAGAAAGAACUCCUUCAUCUCACAUCAGUAUUGUCUGAAAUUAGACGGGAUUUACAUGUAAUAAAGGAUUCCCUGGAAUUAUCAGACACGUUAGGUGAUCAGCUAUCUGACCCCAACACUAUCACAAUUGUACACGAUUUAUAUCACAAGAAAGCUCCCACACAAUGGUUUAAGAUGGAAUGGGGCUUUCCCUAUCUAUCUGAUUGGUCUGUCUCUUCAUGGACACAAGAUGUGCAGCAGAGAGUAGCUCACUUUGAGAAAAUACUGCAAUUUGGUCGUGAAAAAAUGCCAACUUACUGGCUUGGGGCAUUCCAUAAUCCUAAGGGCCUUCUCUCUCUUCUUAAACAAGAAGCAAUUCGCAGAUACUCAGCAAGAACUGGAAAUGCAGAAUCAGUAGUGUUUAAAACUGAAAUAACACAGAGAGACAAAGAACAUAUCAGAGAUCCACCCCAUGAAGGUAUGUUUGUAUAUGGAGUCCACAUCUGGGGCAUAUUCUGGAACAAGACUGAUGGAGAGAUUGUGGAUUCCCCGCAGAAGCAGUGUCUAAACACAUUACCCAUCAUCCACGUGCAGUGUUUGCCUACCUCUGAAAAAUAUGGCAUUAAUGAUUCUCCGAAAGUUUCAGAUGUCUACAUGUGUCCAGUGUACCUGUCCUCAACAUCUGUCAAAGAGCUUGUUUUUACCCUGGACAUACACAAGGAAAACAUUGCCAGUUCUCGGUGGGCUCUCCGAGGCAUGAAAGCAACUAUACAUCCAUUUUGAUAUAUCCGAACACCUGAGAACAAAAAUGU